GGCGUUGAUCGUCAUUAUAAUCAUUAUUAUUCGUAGUCGCAUCAAGUCGCACGCGGCUUCCUUGGACUUGGACUCGUCAAGACUCAAGACUCUUUCUCGGCGUCGUUACCGAACAACGUGGUUUCUGUAUCGUGCUGAAAUAACAUCGAGUCUCUCGCAAUGUCGACGGUAGCGAGUGCUUUAGCCAUCGGAGGCGUCCGACAGUCGGGAGCGCCGGUGCGAACGCAAAAUGUUAUGGCUGCCUGUGCUAUCGCUAAUAUAGUUAAAAGCUCCUUGGGUCCGGUUGGAUUGGACAAAAUGUUGGUCGAUGACAUUGGUGAUGUCACUAUUACCAAUGAUGGUGCGACUAUCUUACGCUUGUUAGAAGUUGAACACCCAGCUUCGCGAGUUCUAGUUGAAUUAGCCCAGUUACAAGAUGAGGAAGUUGGAGACGGUACUACUUCAGUGGUUAUAAUAGCGGCGGAGCUUUUGAAAAAUGCAGAUGAGCUUGUGAAACAAAAGAUACAUCCGACUUCAGUCAUUAGUGGCUACAGACUCGCCUGCAAAGAAGCAUGCAAGUAUAUUCAGGAACACCUAACUGUCAGCGUGGACGAGCUCGGAAGGGAAUGCUUAGUUAAUGUUGCAAAAACAUCUAUGUCAAGCAAAAUUAUUGGAGCUGAUGCCAAUUUCUUUGGCAACAUGGUGGUCGACGCUGCUAACGCGGUAAAAAUCAAUGACGGCAAGGGAGGAUUUUUAUAUCCUAUAAAAGCAGUCAAUGUUUUGAAGGCACACGGAAAGAGCGUUCGAGAAUCGGUUUUAGUUCAAGGAUAUGCGCUUAAUUGCACCGUCGCUUCUCAAGCAAUGCCGAAAAGGAUAGCGAACGCGAAAAUCGCGUGUCUAGACUUCUCGUUGCAGAAAGCAAAGAUGAAGUUGGGCGUCGAAGUACUUAUUACGGAUCCCGAGAAACUCGAAGCUGUUCGUCAACGCGAAGCGGAUAUCACUAAGGAACGCAUUCAGAAGAUUCUUGCUGCUGGGACCAAUGUCGUUCUUUUAUCCGGCGGCAUUGACGAUUUAUGCUUAAAGUAUUUUGUGGAAGCUAAGACCAUAGUAGUGCGCAGAUGCAAAAAAGCUGAUCUGAAAAGAAUCGCUAAAGCUACAGGCGCGCAAUUUGUAACUUCGCUGACCAACAUGGAAGGAGAGGAGAGCUUCGAGGCCAGUUUCUUGGGGGAGGCUGCCGAAGUAGUGCAAGAGAUGAUAUGCGAUGACGAACUUAUUUUGAUUAAAGGGCCUAAGGCACGCACAGCGAGCUCUAUCAUUUUACGCGGACCAAACGAUUAUUACUGCGAUGAAAUGGAACGUUCCAUACAUGAUGCGUUAUGCGUUGUCAAGAGAGUCUUGGAAAGUAAAAACGUCGUCGCGGGAGGAGGUUGCGUAGAAGCCGCACUCUCAAUAUACUUGGAAAACUUUGCGACAUCAUUGAGCUCCCGAGAACAACUGGCUAUAGCGGAAUUUGCUCGAUCUUUAUUAGUUAUACCAAAAACAUUAGCCGUAAACGCUGCACAAGACGCAACCGAUCUUGUCGCCAAGCUCCGAGCCUAUCAUAAUUCCAGUAUAACAAAACCAGAUCUUGUCGACUUGAAGUGGGUGGGUCUUGAUUUACUCAUGGGAACUAUAAGAGAUAACAAAAAAGCAGGCGUGUUAGAACCAGCUAUUUCAAAAGUUAAAUCUUUGAAAUUUGCUACUGAAGCAGCUAUAACCAUUCUUCGAAUCGAUGAUAUGAUUAGAUUAGAUCCUGAGCACUCGAAGACCAAGUCUUAUCAAGAUGCUAUGGACGCUGGUGAACUGGACGAGUAAUGUCAAAAUGCAUUUAUAUAUUAUGUUGGAUACAUAUUUACAUAUUAUAUUGAAUACAAUGCGUUUAUACGAGAAAAAUGUAAAAGAUUUGUAAAUGUUCCACUGCGCAUACAAAUAUCACACGCGAUAAUAAAGAUUUAAUUACAACUUGCUGCUCGUUUAUUGUCCGCGUGCGUAAAAUGCUGCUAAAAUAAAGCUGUUUUAUAACAUAA